GAGAGCGGAGCCACCCGAGCCGCGCACCCGCCUCCGCCGCGCGCCCGGCUCUCCUCGCGUCGCCCUGCAGCCCGGCGCCGGGGCCCCGAGCGGCCGCCCGCGGAGCCCGCGACAGCCCCGCUCGGCGCCGCAGCCUCGUCCCGCCGCCCGGGCCCCCGCGCGCUCCCCGCCGGCUACGAGGACGUCCCGCCACUUCCCCGCUCUGUCCCGGGACCCCCCAGCCCCGCGCUGCUCCGCGCCCCACUUCGCGGCAACUUCGGCGGCCGCGCGCCGCCAGCCUCGCCCGCCUUUGAAGUUUGCAGCGCCCACCGCAAAGUUGGGACACUUCGGCCGAUUUCUUUUUCUUCUUCUUUUUCUUUUUUUCUCUUAUCUGCCUCCCCCUCCGCCUCCCAGCCCCUCCGGGUCCUGAGUCCCGGCGCUCAGCAUCUUGGCCGGGGACGUGGACUGUUUCGCACACCACACCUCGGGGAGGGAUUUUUUUUUUCUUUUCCUCUCCCCCCCCCCCCAGGAAAAUCACCCAGAUUUUUGUAAGUGUCAGGACUUGCUUUGGGGAGCCCAGAGUAGCAUCCAAGUAAGGACUGGACCUCGCCAGGGUCAGUUGCCAUCAGCUUAGUCACCGGGAGGAAAUCCUAUCCCAAAGGCAUCUAUAUUGGGCCAAAGGAUGGUGCCUCUCCACUGGUGUCUGCUGUGGCUGCUAUUACCACUCAGCUCAAGGACUCAGAAGCUACCCACUCGAGAUGAAGAACUUUUUCAGAUGCAGAUCCGUGACAAGGCAUUUUUUCAUGAUUCAUCAGUAAUUCCAGAUGGAGCUGAAAUUAGCAGUUAUCUCUUUCGAGACACACCCAAAAGGUAUUUUUUUGUGGUUGAAGAAGACAAUACUCCAUUAUCAGUCACAGUGACUCCCUGUGAUGCACCUUUAGAGUGGAAGCUGAGUCUCCAGGAGCUGCCAGAGGAGGCAAGCGGGGAAGGCUCGGGUGACCCAGAGCCUCUGGAGCAGCAGAGGCAGCAGAUCAUUAAUGAGGAAGGCACAGAAUUAUUCUCCUACAAAGGCAAUGAUGUGGAGUAUUUUAUAUCUUCUAGUUCUCCGUCUGGUUUAUAUCAGUUGGAGCUUCUUUCAACAGAGAAAGACACACAUUUCAAAGUGUAUGCCACCACAACUCCGGAGUCUGAUCAACCCUACCCCGAAUUACCUUAUGACCCACGAGUAGAUGUUACCUCCCUGGGACGCACCACGGUCACUUUGGCCUGGAAACCGAGCCCCACGGCCUCUUUGCUGAAACAGCCCAUUCAGUACUGUGUGGUCAUCAACAGAGAGCACAAUUUCAAAAGUCUCUGUGCAGUGGAAGCAAAAGUGAGUGCAGAUGACGCUUUUAUGAUGGCUCCAAAACCCGGGCUGGACUUCAGCCCCUUUGAUUUUGCCCAUUUUGGGUUUCCUUCAGAUAAUUCGGGGAAAGAGCGCAGCUUCCUCGCAAAGCCUUCUCCCAAACUGGGGCGGCAUGUCUACGCGAGGCCCAAGGUGGACAUUCAGAAAAUCUGCAUAGGAAACAAGAACAUCUUCACCGUCUCGGAUCUGAAACCCGACACGCAGUACUACUUCGACGUCUUCGUGGCCAACAGCAACAGCAACACGAGCACCGCAUACGUGGGCACUUUUGCCAGGACCAAGGAAGAAGCCAAACAGAAGACAGUGGAGCUGAAAGAUGGGAAGGUUACAGAUGUGUUCGUCAAAAGGAAGGGGGCCAAGUUUUUACGGUUUGCCCCAGUCUCUUCUCACCAAAAAGUCACUUUCUUCAUUCACUCUUGCCUGGAUGCUAUCCAAAUCCAAGUGAGAAGGGAUGGGAAACUUCUCCUGUCUCAGAAUGUGGAAGGCAUUCGACAGUUCCAGCUUAGAGGAAAGCCGAAAGCCAAGUAUCUCAUUCGACUGAAAGGACACAAGAAAGGAGCGUCCAUGUUGAAAAUACUGGCCACCACAAGGCCUAGUAAGCAGCCGUUCCCGUCUCUUCCCGAAGACACAAGAAUCAAAGCCUUCGACAAGCUCCGCACCUGUUCUUCGGCCACUGUGGCUUGGCUGGGCACUCAGGAGAGGAACAAGUUCUGCAUCUACAAAAAGGAAGUGGAUGAUAACUACAAUGAAGACCAGAAGAAGAGAGAGCAAAACCAAUGCCUCGGACCAGACACGAGGAAGAAAUCGGAAAAAGUCCUCUGUAAAUAUUUCCACAGUCAAAACCUACAGAAAGCAGUGACCACGGAAACAAUUAAAGGACUUCUGCCUGGAAAGUCUUACCUGCUGGAUGUUUAUGUCAUUGGACAUGGGGGGCACUCAGUGAAGUACCAGAGUAAGGUGGUGAAAACCAGGAAGUUCUGUUAGUUACCUCGUGGGGAGAGAGAUUAUUCCAUAGACCUGCAGGAGAGACAUGGAAUCACUUUAAGGGUAAACCGACCACCCCCAAGGCUGAGAGAAGUUGUGGAGCGGUACUCGUACUGGGGAAGGAAGGAUAUCACCUUGUGUAUAUUGCUGUCUAUAUGAGUAACUGUUGAGGAGACUUGUUCUAGUGUGCCCCAUGGUACCUACUGUGCGUCUGCUGCCCGUUGAUGUCAAAGAUAGAGGGCACCUUGAAGGAACUGCCAUCCCUUGCUUUGACCACUGCAUGAACUGCUUCUAAAUUAUUUUAUUACCUAAAAGUUUAAAAUAUGCCAUUCAUUGCACACAUCAACAAAUGCAAAUCAUUCCUCUCUAUAGAUGCUAGGAUAUAUAUAAAUUAUUUUAUAAAGUCUUGUUUUAAAUGUCAGUGUUUCUAUGAUUGUAAACUAUUAAAUUCUUUUCCUGUUAAAGUACAGAUCUAAUCUAAGUAUAUUACGUGGACGGCCCUCUAGUCAGUUAUAUUGCUAUUGUAAAUUCUUAUCUGUUGAGUAAAAUGUUUAAAUACUGUAUGUAUCUCAUGUACAAAGUUGACAUACAUUAUAUCCAUGUACAUAAAAUUAAAGAUAUUAGAUUAUAUACGGUUCAUUUUCCCAAGCAGCUAC